AUCAAGGCUUGGCGAUUAUUAUCUGAUUAUUCAGAGUAUUUAUUUCGUUUUUCUCAUAUGAUUAUAAUAUACCUAUUCAAUUUUGGUAAAUAGACUCAAAUAAUCGCCUGUGUUGUACCUACUCCAUAAGAAAUGGAAAAAUAUUUGAAUUUAAUUUUUUUGUUGUCAUGCUCAACUGUUCUCGCAAAUCCAGUGCAACUCAGGGAUGUUGCACCGGUCAAAGAGUGCACAAAAGCUGGCAUGAUGUGCGAAAGUUGUUCUACUAGCGUAAUGUGCGUGAAAAUUGGUAACGAAUUUCAGAAAGUUAAUAGAAUGACGUGCGCCACUGGAAGCUCUUGUUUGGGAGGUACAUGUACCAAAGAAGUCAACCCUCCCUGUGAUUAUGCCACUGUUGACUUUCCCUGUCAAUACCAGGGAGCAUACCCCCACCCUGGGGAUUGGUCUAAAUUCGUGUACUGCAUCCCAGACGCCACUGGAGUAUUCACUGCCUACUCAGUAAACUGCGAGCCAGGUACAGGAUACAACGCUAAAACAACGUACUGUAGUAGAAAUCUGACAACCAUCAGUCCCACAGUUUUUCCCAUAGCAAGAUGCCUGAGUCCAAGCACCACUCCUUUAGCUCAUCCCGAUAAUCCUUCCAUUUAUUACAUCUGCAGUCAGACCACUGGCACUGAUAAGCUCUACCCCAUCCAAUUCACUUGUCCAAGUGGUGGUACCUUUGCAAAUGGAGAAUGUUCUAUCGUUUUGAGCGAUGAAAGUAAAAAAACAUUGAUAUGAUUCAGUUGCCUCGUUGACUUGCAGCAGUAAUUAAAUAUUUUAUGAAGGAGGGGGUAUAUGUAUAUGCUUAAGGUAGAAAAAGGAGCACUGAUGAGGUACUUGGUAUACUCUUCUCGAAGAAGCUUGAAAGUAGAUUAGAGCACAGCCCUCUUAACUGUGUUUAAGAGGGCUGUGGUUAGAGCUUGUAAUCGAUUGAUUAUAUUUGGAAUACA